CACCGAGCGCGGAUGAACUAUUUCGUUGCCCUUCCUUCCAAGAAGAGAACAGUGCUUGCCGGCGAGCGAAGCAAAGAGCGAAGCUCGCUGUCUGCAUCGCGCCCAAAAUCUAAUCCCUCGCUUGGAGACGAAGGUGUUUAAAGGCGACGAUGCUGAUCGCUUUGAGAAUCUGCCAAGAGUCCCCUUUGCCUCUCGCACCCCUCUCUCCAUUUAAACCCCCCCCAAAUGUUCGCUAGGGUUUCCAACAAUUUCCAAGUUAGAGAAUGGGUCAAGUUGCUGGGCAUCUUUGGGAUAGAGCUCAAGGGAAGUGGCAAGUGCAAAGAAUAUGUGACAAGAUUUUCAAUCAGUGGCCAGAGAAGGAUAAGGGCAAUUUGGCAGUAAAAGAUCUUCACAUUGUGACCUUGAUGGUUUAUAAUUCUAUGAACAAGCAAUUUCUUAGUCCUUAUAAAGAACCACCCUCAAUGGAAGCAGUUCAGAGCAAAGUAAAGGCCUUAAGUGCUAAAGGAACAACUGCAAUAAGCCGCAAUGAAUUCUAUGAGAUAAUCAUGGAGUGGAUCCAUAAAGACCUGCGUAUAGUUCUUGCAAACAGGGUUAUACUCGCUCUUCUCGCCGGACCUCUGUUAGCAGUUCAAACAAAAAAAGUAGGGAGGCAAGUUCCACGUAUCAGAGAUACAGUUGACAAGGUUCCAACUCCUCUCAUUGCUUCAGUUUACGCUGCGGGUAUUGUUCUCCUCCAAGAUGUAAGGGUGGAUUGAGAAGAAGCUAAAAGUCCGUGCAUCUGGUGUACAUACAGCGUGCUUCUUUUGUGAAAAUAAUAAGAGAACUCUGGCAAUAAUUUGCAUAAUUGGAUUUAUCAAAAAUAAAGGAUAUCAUUAUAUUGAAUGUGACUAAAUGUUACUAGUCUUUGCUACCUUUGUCUCGUUAGAAUUUGUGGCGUACCUUGUGACAUCAGUGUCUUUAUGCAAGCUAGACUGAGUGCGAGUGUGAUUCUAGUA